AUGUCCUCUCCGCCCCUCCCCAUGCCCUCCCUCCCCCCGAGCCCCCUGGCCAUGGAGUACCUGAACGACUUUGACCUCCUGAAGUUCGAGGUGAAGUCCGACACGCCUCCUCUUCCUCCUCAGUGUGCGUUUCCAAAGUCAGGCCUCCCUCAUGACCCCUCCAGCUCCCCGUACACCAGCCACCCUCCACAGGACUCCAGUCUGAGCUCCAGCCCGUACAACUCACUGCCCCCCUCGCCCACGCUCAGCGACACCCACCCGCCUCCUUCGGGCUCCUCUUCCCUCUCCUCCUCGUCGUCCUCCAUCUCCUUCCCCCUCUCCCUCACGAACAGCUUCACCUCGGGCAUCAGCUCCGGCUCUCAGGGGAACGUGGAGGGCAGCCCGGCCCACGGCGGGCCUCAGGGUCCCACCCCGGCCUCCCUGGAGGACCUGAUCUGGCUGGCAGCGCUUCAGCAGCAGUUUGGAGGGGAGGUGACAGGGCCUGCCACCCUUCUGGGAGCUCUGGGAGGAGUGCCCGAGAGAGGGGACCGAGAGAGGGGGCCCGUCAAUGGAUUUCUGGGCUGUGAGGAUGCUGUUGAGGCACUGCUGAACUCAGCUGCUGCAGCUGUCAGCUCACAGUUUCCGGGUCUUUCUCAGAGCUCCAGCAGUAACCUGGGAGACUCCAGCAGUGACAGCGGAGGUGACAUCUCCUGCACCAAAGGGACAGACAUGUGUCACCGCCCACUUGUCUUCCUCUCAUCAGCCCCUCCAUUGCUCCCUAACGCCGUCCCUGGCUCCGCCCCCUAUCCACAGGGGGCCCUCAGCCCCACAGGCCGCCUUCAUCACCACCAGCAUCACCAUCAUCAGCACCACCCGCACCACCCCAUGCAUGGCAGCCAUCACCAUCACCAUCACUCAGUUUCUCAGUGCGGUGUGAACGAGCGUUUCUCAGACGAGCAACUGGUGAGUCUGUCGGUCCGCGAGCUGAACCGACACCUGCGGGGUGUGAGCAAGGACGAGGUGGUGCGUCUGAAGCAGAAACGACGCACGCUAAAGAACCGCGGCUACGCCCAGUCCUGCCGCUACAAACGCCUGCAGCAUCGCCACGCUCUGGAGUCCGAGAAACACGUGCUCACACAACAGUUGGAGCAGCUCCAGUGUGAGCUGACUCGAGUGCUGAGGGAGAGAGACGCCUACAAAGCUCGCUACGAGAAGCUCCUCAACACCAACCACAGCAUCGGCAGCGAUGCACCACCGACCCGCAACAGCAACCCACCUUCCCCGCCCCCUGACUACUUCCUCUGA